AAGUGAACAGAGUUACUUUACGUAAACGGAGCUUGGGUAGCAGGCUAUAGAGAGAGAGAGAGGUGUGCUAUUUUCAAUAAACUCACGUCACUGAUUUUGCAUGUUCCGCUCUAAAACUUGCGGUAACGCUGAUGGAGAUUUGAAAAUAAGCAUUGUUCACACGGCACUUAGUUCCGAGGCCCUUUUCUUUCACAAUGAACCCGAGUUGACUACUAUUCUCGUAUUUCACUCUGAUAUUGCAAGGGGGGGGGGAGGAGACAGCAUACACAUGAGAUUUGCUAAAUCAAGGGCCCCCGUAAUUUUCUUUGAUGAUGAUGAUGAUGAUGAUGAUGAUGCUGACGACGACGACAAUGACGACGAUGAUGCUGAGGUCACGGUUGUUGCCGUUGCUGCCUACGCCUCCGCCUCCGCCAACCUACACCAGCUAACUUGA